AUGCCGACCGAAGCGAUUGGCGCUGUGGCGCCCGAGGCGACUGAAUCGACCAUCGUCAUGGAUGUCGACCCGCGCCCCGACGUGACGGAGAGCUCCAAGCCGGCCGGCCUGCACUCGCCUCCCGACAGCAACAACGCAAUGGCCCUCGACGGAAGCGACUCGGAACUGAGCGACAUCGAGGACUUGGUUGCCGAUCAGCUGAAGGACGAAGGACCCGCACCCGCACCAGCGCCAGUGCCAGUGCCAGAGCCUGAGCCUGCCGUGGAGGACAUCGGAGAGAUCCUCCCGGAUCACUACUCGGGGACAGUACCUGUUUUCAAGCCGACCAUGCACCAGUUCAAGGACUUCAAGCGUUUCAUGGAGAAGAUCGAUUCGUACGGUAUGCAAUCCGGAAUCGUCAAGAUCAUCCCUCCGCAGGAAUGGAAAACCUCGCUGCCGCCUCUGGAUGAUAUGGUCAAGCAGAUUAGAGUGAGGGAGCCGAUCAAGCAAGACAUCAUGGGUUCCAACGGAACGUACCGACAGGUCAACAUCCUCCACCAACGCUCCUACAAUCUUCCCCAAUGGCGGCAAUUGUGCGACCAGAGCGAACACCAGCCGCCUGCCCGCCGCGGCGAGCGCCGUGCAAAUGCUGAAAAGCCCAAGCCGGCCACUCGAACCCGCGCCGCCGCCUCCACCAACGCUCCAAAGUCUACCCCGGUGAGAAAAAGACGUGGCCGAGGGGGUCGAAAAUCUGCCGCCGCUUCCAAGGAGGAAGCUGCUGAACCUGAGGAUCGCCCCAUAACGCCCGUCUCGCCAGCUCCUGAAGAGAAACCUUUGAAAUCUGUCGAAGAUGAAGCGCUGGCCGUCAAGAAGGAAGGCAUUGACGACGAAGACGACGACGACGAUGCUCCAGUGGUGCGGAGAAUGGGGUUUACACGGCAGGCGAACGCAAAGACGCAGACCGUAUCUGCACGUCGGAAGUACAGCAAGCGCGAGGGCUCCGCCAGAAUCGACGAGACCGCCUUCAAAGAUUUCGACUACCAGAUGGAUGUGUCCGACUAUACCCCGGAGCGAUGUGAGGAGCUGGAGAGGACGUACUGGAAGACGCUCACCUACGCAGCUCCUCUAUACGGUGCAGAUCUCAUGGGGACCCUCUUCGACGAGUCGACGGAGGACUGGAAUUUGAACAAGUUGCCGAACCUGCUCGAUGUGUUAGGCACCAAGGUUCCCGGCGUCAACACGGCAUACCUUUAUCUCGGGAUGUGGAAGGCCACUUUUGCGUGGCACUUGGAGGAUGUCGACCUCUACAGUAUUAACUACCUCCAUUUCGGUGCCCCGAAGCAGUGGUACAGUAUCUCCCAGAAGGACGCCCGGCGAUUCGAGGCCGCGAUGAAGAAUAUCUGGCCCACCGAAGCGAAGUCUUGCGACCAGUUCCUCCGACACAAGGGCUUCUUGAUCUCUCCAAGCCACCUCAAGCAGCACUACAACAUCACCGUCAACAAGUGUGUUUCGUACCCCGGAGAGUUCGUCGUCACGUAUCCGUACGGCUACCAUUCCGGAUAUAACCUUGGGUAUAACUGCGCCGAGGCCGUCAAUUUUGCCUUGGACAGCUGGCUGCCUAUUGGGAAAAUCGCUAAGAAAUGCGAGUGUGCCCAGGCCCAGGACAGUGUCUGGGUGGAUGUCUACGAGAUCGAGCGCAAGCUCCGCGGGGAAUCCACGGAAUACGAGGAGACGGAGGACGAGGAAGAGGAGGAGGAGGAGGAUGAGGGUGAUAACACCGGCCUUCCGAGUCCUCCGUCCAGCCACACGGUCAGAGCUAAGGCUGCAGGGACGAAACGUAAGCGCGCAGUUCGCGACAAGGACGGCAAGGUCAAGGUCAAGAAGAUCCGCCUCCGUCUCAAGGCCGUCGCUGAGCCCGUCUGCUGUCUCUGCCCCAAUGACAUUCCCGGCGCAGAAAUCCUGCCCACGGAUGAUGGCCGCAAGGCUCAUCGCAUGUGUGCUCUCUAUGUUCCCGAGACAUACAUCGAGACGGUGGACGACAAGGAAAUUGUCGCGAACGCGGCCAACAUCGACAAGGCUCGCCUGGACCUGAAGUGUCUAUUCUGCCGGUCCAAGAAGGGGGCCUGCUUCCAGUGCUCCCAGAAGAAAUGUGCCAGGUCGUACCAUGCCACCUGCGCGGCUGCAGCCGGCGUCUUCGUCGAGGAGGAGGAGGUCCCCGUCUUCGCCGAAGACGGAACCGAGUAUAAAGAGCAGGCCUUCGAGUUUAGCUGCCGCUUCCACCGGACGAAGCGGGACAAGAAGUUGGAUGGCGAUGUUCUCGAUGGAGACGCACGCGUUCGCGAGGCUGCGGCGGCGCUCAAGAAGGGUCGGAUAUGCCAGCUCCAGUAUUACCGUGGUGAUAUAUUCGCUGGUGUCGUCGUGGAGAACCGUCACGACGAGCAAACACUGCUCCUUGACGUCAUUCCCAACGGGUAUGUUGUCGGUCGUACAUCGCAAAGCUGGGCAGCGCUAACCGAGAUCAGUGAUCGUAUCGAGGUUGAGUGGAAGUGGCUAUUGCUACCCAAUCCCGCCGACUUGCGUCUUCCAAAGGCGUCGCCGAAUGCCGUGCCAAUGCCGACGUCGAGGAAGGCUAAGCAAGAGAUCAACGCGACAAAGCGGGUUACUGACGAGCUACCGCGGAAGGACGAAACAUUUGUUGAGGGGUUCACAUGGGCCGAGUUCCACACCGGUGAUAUUCCCAAGAAUGACGCCCAGACGAAGUUGGAUCUGUUCAAGGAGAAUCAGAUCUGGCAUUACCUUGGCAAAACAUCCACAGAGUCGAGGGCUCAGUACGCAGAGAAUCUGGCCAAACCUGUGCACAAUCCGAGGAGCAACUUCUUGGACACGAUCCCCCGGCCCGCAUAUACUGCGUAUACCGCGCGGGCUCCGGCUCCGCAACCGAGGCGGUCCUACUCUGCAGUGCAUCCGACGCAAGCAAUGCCGCCCCCACAAUCGACACCAACAGCAGCCUCGAAAGCCGCAAAGCCAUACGUAUACAAGCCUCGCAAGCCGGUUGGGGCGAGCUACAAGAUGCAGUACACCCCGGAGAAGUUCGCGCCGAAGGAUCCGGCACCAGCCGCCGGGCGGCAGCAACAUCUAGCCAAGCAACAGCUCUCCUUCGGCACAGACCCUCGGUUCAUGGGUCCCACGGCGCCACCUAGUUCGAACCGCUUCGCGCCUGUCGGAGGUAGUAAUGGAUUCCCGCAGCUUCCCGGCUUGACUAGGCCCCCCGCUCACAUGAAAUCAGGGCAUUAUCCUCAGCCUCAAUCAAGAGUCUGGCCUACACAACCCGGUGCGCCUGGGUCGCGCCCCUAUCACCAUGUACCGAUGACCUCGUCCCUCUUGAAGCCCGGCGCCCCGCGAUAUUCCCAAGCCGACGGCAGCACGACACGGCCCGGCAUGAGCGCAUUCCAGAAGUACAGCUUCUUCCAGGUCCACCACAAUAGGGACUCAUCGAGGUAUCGUACGCCGUACGCGGCCUGGGGCGGAUUCACAAACGGGUACGAGGGCAACUUGCGAGCGUUCUUGGUCAAAGCACAGCAGGCUCUGUCAGGGAAUAAGGGGCCUGUCAAGGGCAUCCCAGCUGCGCUUCUCCAGCCCUUCCAAUCGGGCAUCCAUAGUCCAGCGCCGGCAAAUACCCCUCCAUCAUCCGGUUACGGUUCACCUUACGCCCAACAACGAUCAACUAGGCCUCAGGCCCCUUCCGAAGCUUGGUCGGCCGCAAGCCCAACAACCUAUAACAGUCCACAUGGUUUCUCGCCUCACCAUGCCGGGCAAUACCCCCAGACACCGGCCUCGACGGGUUCGUUCGCGACUCGGCAACCCGGCUCUACUCCUCUUCAUCCAGCCAUCAGACCCCAGUAUGGGGCUACUUGGCAACACGACUACACCCCGGCCCCUGGCCAGUUCGUCCCCGAUACGAGACCACAGACAAGACCCCAAUCUCAGUCGCCGGCUCCCGCUCCGCCGAGGGCUCCGGCCUUCGCAAAGCAGAGCCACAGUCCAAUCCCGUUGCCGCCGUAUGUGAAGCAACCCAGCCAAGCAACCCCAACAAAUGGCGCACGGCCUCCACCGACCAUGCAAGACCCUCGACAGGCCGUGACAUCACCGUCUAAUGGGCAAUCCCCUUUCUAUGCAGGAAGCCGAGCGACCGUUUCACCCGUUCCGGUUGCACAGACUCCGCAAGCGAACCAGCCGAGUCAGUUCGGUCACCAUGGCCGCGUAGGAAGCCAGCCCCUUGGCAUUGGGGUUGGGGAUGCGAUUUCAGGUCCAGUGGCGAGGACGGAAGCGAGUCCAACAACAGACCCUAUUUCCACUACCGUACCAGGGCUACAACACUGUCUACAAGCCCCGUCAGUGGGAAUAGGAUUCCAAAUGCCACAAUACGAACAGGGGCCACCCAUGAGCGUACAAGACCCGGCAACGUCGCCAGUCGUUCGUGAAUUACCAGAGGUGCCAGCCGAGUCGAUGGCGCUGGUGGAGAAGAUGAUGCUGAACCUGAGGAGGGCCAGCCAGAAGAGCGACGUGGCAGCAUGA